AUGUCAGACGAAGAAUCGGCCACGGCCAGCAAAGUUGAUAUGCAAGCUAAAGCGCUAAGCGACCCCACCAAGAAGAGAAAGGCCGAGGAUGAAAUUGAAAUCGACUUGACUCAACCAGUGCCCCUCUCAAAGAAGCAGAAACGUCUGCUGAGACGCGGUAAGAUCACCCUCGAACAGCUCAGCGAGAAGUUCAACAUCGAUCAAAAGUCCAUCGAGGAGUACAAGAACGAGCAAAAGGAAACAGCAGAGAACGACGAUGCCGAACCAGCUGCCGAGGAGGAGCCAAAGCCUGCGCCCCGCAAAGAGAAGAAGUUCGGCGUCUGGAUCGGUAACAUGGCUUUCGACACCACGCAGGAGGAGCUUCGCCGCUUUGUUGUUUCCAAGACCGCUGGCAUGGAGGCAGGCGAGGUCACAGACGCUGACAUCGUGCGUGUGAAUAUGCCGCUGGCCAAGAACGACGGCAAACAGAUCAAAAACAAGGGCUUUGCGUACGUGGACUUUGCGACUAGUGCGCAGAUGGAUGCAGUAAUCGGCCUCAGCGAAGCACAGCUCAACGGACGCAACUUGCUGAUCAAGAACGCCAAGAGCUACGACGGCCGCCCGGCGAAGAACGACCUCAUCUCGAUGUCCAAAAACCCUCCUUCUCGCAUUUUGUUUGUCGGCAACCUCUCCUUCGACACCACCGAUGAGCUGCUGAAAAAGCAUUUCCAGCACUGCGGCGAGAUCGUCAAAAUCCGCAUGGCCACCUUCCAGGACUCCGGCAAGUGCAAGGGUUUCGCCUUCGUUGACUUCCGCGACGAGGCCGGUGCCACCGCCGCCCUCACAGACCGCUCCUGUCGCGCCAUAGCAGGUCGCCCGCUCCGGAUGGAGUACGGCGAGGACCGCAGCAAGCGCCACGUCCGCAGCCGCCCGGCGCCCUCGCUCGUCGACGCCGAGCCUCAUGCGCCUGCCCCCGCUGACCCAGCACCCGCGCCCGCGCCCGCGCCUGCCCCUAGGGCGCCCCGGCCCCGCAAGCCCACGCGCAAUGACCACCACAGCCGCCCUAAGAGCAGCGUCGCCCUCGCCUCCGCCCAGCGCGCCUCAGCCGCCAUCGUUCCCUCUCAGGGUAAGAAGGUCAAGUUUGAUUAG